AUGACGUCGAAGGUCACGCUGUUCAUCAACCAGCUGCCGUACUCUGCCACUCGAGAGGACGUGGCCGCUCACUUCGCACAGGCCGCCGGCACAACCGCAGCUGCGUUGCUGCCGUCGUGCCGGCUCGUGCUCAAGGACGGCGCCUUCAAAGGCACUGCAUUCGUCGACGUCACGGACUUUGAGAGCUGCGACCGCGGCCUCGCCCUGCACCAGAGCCAGUUCAAGGCGUCUUCGGACGGGAGCAGUCGCCGCAUCAACGUGCGCGAGGCGGUCUCCAAGACGCGGCUCGAGCAGAUCGCGGAGCGCUCUAAGUUUUCCCGCAAUCAGGUCCUUCGGAAGGCGUACACGGGCAAGACGAAGGCGGGUCCAUUGCCCGCUCGUCCGAAUGCCUCGGACAAUGAGAGCGAGGAGGGGAGCGUCGACGAGGACGAGGGCGAGGAGGACGAGGACGAGGAGGGCGAGAGCGGGGACGCGCGUGCGAUGCAGGGCCCGCUGGGCAAGGACCGCAAGGGAAAGGAGGUCGUGGGCGAGGUGGAUCCUCAGCGCAAGCGAAAGGUGAUCGAGGAGGCGUACCUGAAGCAGCGGCGCGAGCUCAUGGACAUGGCGGUGACGUGCCACGAGUGCGCCAAGCCCUUCACGUUCACCGUCAUCGAGCAGGAGUUCUUCCUCGAGCGAGGCUGGAAGAUCCCGCGCACGCGCUGCAAGGCCUGCUCCGAUGCCAAGAAGGCCAAGCAUGCUGCCAAGGGCGGCAAGGGCGGCAAGGGCGGCGGCGGCGGCGGCGGCGCGCUCGAGGCGCAUGCGCCGGAUCGGACGGUGGGCGGCCGCGGUAAGGGCGGCGGCAGGGGCGGCGGCAGGGGCGGCGGCAAGGGCGGCGGCAAGGGCGGCGGCAAGGGCGGCGGCAAGGGCGGCGGCAGGGGGGGCAAGGGUGGCGGCGGCAAGGGUGGCGGCGGCAAGGGACCCAGCGAUCAGCGCCCGGUGGCGGCGAAGGUGGAGGCCAAGCAGGAGGCCAAGCCGCUUGGCAAGCGUUGGUUGGCCGAGGUGGGUCAUAGCGGCAAGCGCCAGCGGAAAUUCUAUUAA